GGCAGCCUAGCCUGCGAUGGACCUGUGGUCGCUCCACGCAGCCCGUCAGUGGCCGAUGUGGGAACUUUCCUCACUCCUGUGGAUGCCCAAGCAAACAGCACAGAGGAAGAGUGGACACUGAGGCCCCAAAGUCAAGAGGCUGGGCUAAGGCCACACAUCCAGGGAGGGACAGAGGGAAGAGCCAAACCAUCUCUGAUUUAAUAAGCAUUUACCAAGGCUCCUUCUGAGCCAGGCUCUGAGGCAAACAAUGCUGGGGACACAACAGUGACAGACAACCCAGGCCCGGCCUCACAGGGCUCUCAGUCCAGCAGGGCAGACAGAUUCAUCUUCAGACAGCGACAGCCCAGAGCGGUCAGGGCUGUGAUGGGGGAGCCCAGGCAGAGCAGCAGGCGAUGUUGGGGAAAGCAUGGCGGCUGUGGGAGGCCCGAGGAGACCCUUGGUGAUCAAGAGGGCUUCCCAGAGGAUUCAUAAGAAUAACCGAGUGAACAUCGAGAAGAGCAUUGAAAGAGAAGGGCCCUGCCGACAGAGCGAAGUGUGAGGCAGAAGGGGAGCCGGGGACAGGAUGGAGCAGGCAGGGCCAAGUCAUGCAGUCUCAGCUGCCGGGUUAUAGGGUCUGGGGGUCGGGAGGAUUUCAAGCAGAUGGGGACGAGUCAGCUGUGGCUUCAGGAAGAUUCCACCUGCUGCCAUGUGCUGGGUGGACCAGAGUGGGGAGGCAGGCAGGAGCCCAGGGGAAGCUGGGGCAGGGCGGGGCUGUAGGGAAGGGAGGAGGGGCUGGUGGAAAGGACGGUCAGGAGGCUGAGCGGAUGGGCCACCCAGUGACAGGCUGGAGGAGAACGAGACACUCAGGGAGAGGCCCAGGGCUCUGGCUUGAAGAGGGAACUGUGGGGCCAAACCUGAGACUGGGAUCCGGGAGGAAACUCACUUUUGGGUAGAUACUUAGGCCCGUGUGGGCCCCGGUGAGUGUGAGGGUCCCAGGGGACGUCGAGGCGGAGGUGUCCAGGACACUGUUCGGCCCCGGGUCAGGGGCAAAGAGGAGAGCCUGGGGCAGGGACAGGGAGAGGAAACAGCCCGCGGGCGUGGGUGAGAAGCACGGGAAAAGACAGCCAAGGACAAGGAUGAGGAAAGCCCACCACCUCAACAAGUCCUGGGGCGGAGGUAAGAAGGGGUAACAUAUAGGGCGCAGCCCUAACUGUCCCGGGCAGACCUCGCUCUCUUCCGUCGGCUCACCCUAGGGAUACAGGGGCUUCUCUCGGGGAGGGAACCUACUGCGCAAGUGCAAACGUGGCUGGAGGCCAGUGAUGCGCAUGCGCCUCGGACUCCCGCCCAGACCGCCAGAUCUAGGGCAUCGGGGUCACGUGGCAGUCACGUGGCAGUCACGGGUGACCACUAUCGGAGCCCAACGCUCUGUCUUUAUCACGCCCGGAGGUCCCAUCCUUCGUUGCCUUCUGCCUUCAUGAGCGCCCCUAGCAGAUCCCUGCCCAGGAGCUGACCCAGUUCAGAGCCAAGGAUGCCCUUGUUGCGCUCUCGCUUCCCCGUGAAACUGGGCUCCGUUCGGGAUCCAGAAGGCCAGGUGGGCCGUCUGCAUCGCCUGGCUGUGGCUGGGGGCCCAGGCUGGGGCCUCAGCCGGCUCCUGCGGAGAGUUGUCCAGGUGGAUGGUGAGAACUCUGCUGGGCAGACGGGGCUCUUCCUCUCGGCGCUGCUAGGCCACAGCUCUGCCGUGCAGCUCCUGCUGGCUUUUGGCGCAAACCCCAACCACCGCUGCCUUGAUGGCAGCACACCUGUGCAUGCAGGUGCCUUCUCGGGCCGCAGCCUGGUGGUGCUGCAGCUGCUGCGGGCAGGGGGGGACCUGCGUCUGCAUGACCAGCAGGGUCGCACGCCUCGGGACUGGGCAGAGCAGGGUGGUGCUGAGCAGAGCCAGGAGGUGCUGGAGCUGUUACAGCUCUGCUGUGUCAACAUAUCAGCACUAGUGCAUGGUGCUGAGUUGGCACCCACGGCAUCCCUGGGCCAGUUGCAGGCCAGCUCUGGACGCAGCCUGUGUUGCUCCCUGUCUCGGCUGUGGCUGGUGCAGGCGGACAGGGCACCAAGGCCGGAGCAGAUCAGGGGACCCCGCCAAAUCCCAGGCUUGGGAUUUGGACAACUGAGCAGCCUGUGGCCAGUGGGGCUGGUAACAGGCAUACCCCUCGCGGACCCCAAGGAGCUGCUGCCAGCCCAGGGCGAGCCUGUGCGCACCUACAAGAGCAGCUCCCACACCCUCAUGAUCAACCUCUUGUGGAGGGGCCACCCUGUGACCGUGCGGCAGCUGACGGCACCUGGGAGCCAGCCUGACGUGCUGUUGGCUGACCUUCAGCACUGCAGCACUCUGCACCACCCCAACCUGUUGCUGCUGAUGGCGCUGAGCCCUUCAGCGGACCUGUCGGGGCUGCGCCUUCUCUUCGAGCCCGUGUGGCUGGGUUCCCUCUAUGUGGUGCUGCACCCACAGGAACCGAGUGAGGGGGGUCCCCGCCCUGCGCCAGGUCUGCUGCCUGGGCACCUGCUGCUGCAGGUGCUGGAAGCCCUGCUGUUCCUGCAGGCCCGCUGGCGUGCUCAUGGCGGCCUCAGCUCCCAUGCUGUGCAGCUGGUGCGGCCAGGCCUGGCCAAGGUGGGCAGCCUGGAGCACGGGCGCCCACUGCACCAACGCUGGCUACAGCCCAGGCCACAGCAGGGCUGCCUCUGGGGAGGCCCAGGCCCAGGGCUGCCCCCACCUCCCGAGCUGUACCCAUGGCUGCCACUUGAGCUCAUCUGCGGUGACACACCUGCUGCCACCUCAGACCUCUAUAGCUUCUGCAUCCUGGCCCAGGAGGUCUUCACUGGAGAGCUGCCCUGGGCUGGGAGACAGGGACCUGAGGUGAAGGCUAAACUGGAGGCAGGUGAGAGCCCGGCCCUGGACCCCCUGGUGCCAGCCCCCUACCAGGCCCUGGUUCGGGCUGGGCUGGGCCUAGGGCCUGCUGACCGCUCGGGCAGCCUGCAGAGUACGCGGUACCUGCUGCGGGAGGCCCUGGCCCAGGACUCGGCUCCUGAGGUGAGCUCCCCAAUGGGCCGGACCACACUGUGCCCUGUACCCCAGUGUUCCCCACCAGAGACACUCUACUAUGAGGUGGCUUCCAGAGCCAAGACUACACCCAGGCCUGUGCCCCCUGUGAUGUCCCUAGGCCCGUCUCCAUCUCAGGCGCUGGAGACUCCUGAGGUCACGGGCCACAGCAGAGUCCAGAGGGGCCCAGCAUGGGACUCGGGCAGCAGCUUGACUCUAGGCAGCAGCCCCAGUCCUAGCCAUGGCCUCUGCCCAGGCCACAGCCCCACAGCCAGGGUCAGCCUGUGCCAUGGCCUGGAGCCCAGCUCAACAGGCCCUGCCCUGCACUCCAGCCUCCAGGACCCACCCUCCCUGCUGGGGACCAGGGCUCUGUGGAACAGUUUCAGAGAAGUUCUGUCAAGAUCCGAGCCCUGCAGGGGCUGUGGCGGCACGCACACAGGGCUGCCCCGCCGGACGCCCAGUUCUGCGCCCAGCCCUGGGCUGAUCAGAGAAGGUCUCUUCUCCAGCCUGCAGAAGAUGGAUCUGCUGGAGGAGAUCAUAGCAGAGCUGGACAGUGGAGGCCAGCUUGGAGGCAGGCCCAGCCGCGACCCCCCUCCUGGCACACAUUCUUAGGGCACCCCUGGCCCCCUCCCUCUCUGCACAUAUCGCCCCUCAGAGCGUCCCAGGAGUGACUCCCCACUCAGCACCUGCCGAAAUGAUAAAAGGAAAGAAAAUGAUAAAGCAA